AUGAACGCGCACGGCAUACAUGUGAUCGGCCUGGGGAGCAUCGGGACGGUCGUCGCACACUCGCUGCGAUGCAUCCCCACUCCCCCGCCUGUCACGCUGCUGCUCCAUCGCGAAGCCAUCUACCAGCAGUUCCUCGCGCGGGGCCAGCGGCUCCAUCUCCAGGUCGGAGAAGGUGGCUCCUCGGUAGGGAGUGCCGGGUAUGACGUCGAUUUCGUGGGGGAUGCUAACAAUAGUCAUCGUCGAUCUGCAGCGGCACCGAUACGCAGCUUAAUCGUCGCCGUCAAGGCCUGCGCGACGGUCUCCGCCCUGCGGCCCAUCCAGCAUCGGCUGGGCCGGCAGUCCACCAUCUGUCUGUUCCAGAACGGCUUGGGCCAGAUUGAAGCGCUGAACAAGCACCUGUUCCCGGACCCACUGACGAGACCGACCUACAUGUUUGGAAUUAUGCGCCAUAGCGCCUACAUAAAGUCGCCCUUGGAUGCAGUCCUCGCCGGACGCCAUGGAUCUGGGGCGAUCGGGGUGGUCGGCGACCAGGUGUCAGCUGAGGCGUCCCCCCAUUGUCGCGACCUCAUCGACCGGCUGGUCGCAGCCCCGAUAAUCCGAUGCACCGAGAUGCCCUGGAUAGAACUCCGCCAGGCGCAGUUGCUGAAACUAUCGACCAACUGCAUGGUCAACCCGUUAACGGCGCUGCUGGGCGUACACAAUGGCGCGAUGCUGGAGAAUGCGGAGCUGCGCAGGAUGCAGCGCCCGCUCCUCGGGGAGAUCUCAUCGGUCUUCUGCCAGCUGCCCGAGCUGCAGGGCCUCCCCGACGUGCAGGCACGGAUGUCGGUGGCAGCUCUCGAGGAGCAGCUAAUCAGCAACAUUCAGAAGACGGCCGGCAACUCGAGCAGCAUGUGCGAGGAUGUGCGGGCCGGCCGAGCGACGGAGAUCGAGUUCAUCAACGGGUGGGUUGUGCGACAGGGGCAGGAGAUGGGGAUCGCGUGUCCCAUCAAUAGGUGCCUGGUGCAGCUGAUCCUGGCCAGAAGUCGGCUGCAGUAG